GGCGGGGUGAAGUCCAGAGUUGCUCAGGUGGCAGCGCUGCGCAGGACGAAACAUUUAAACAGAUAGAGCUUCAACAUGUCUGAAGUGAGCAGUCAGCUGCCUCCAGACCCCAUCUCUGCAGUUGGAGUCAUCACUUCACUCAACAAGGCUCUUGAUGGCUACUACGUUGUUGCACAAACAACAGAUGGCUCUGAUGCCGACCUGUGGAAGGACGGCUUAUUCAAAUCCAAGGUCACUCGCUACCUCUGUUUCACCAGAAAAACUGGGCCCGACGUUGUUGUGGACAUGAAGCUGACUGACAUUAAGGACACGUUGCCAGAGGGCUUCACACCUGUGCAAGAAACAAUGGACACAAAGGAAGCUGCCAUGAGGAAGAGGAGGCUCUGUGUGAAAAUCAGCCCUCGUGCAGCUGCUGAGGUGGCGGUAUAUGACAUCCAGAUCGUUGCAAAGUCCAAGUACCAUCUUGUUAACUACACCUGCAUAGGUGAGAUUAACAAUAUGGGAAUAUGGUAUCGAAUGGGAGAUGUUCCUCAGCAUCAGCCGUCCCAGGAAACGUCCAUCACAGCCAGCACUGACGCCCCGCCCAGCACAGCAAGGAGGACCACGAACAGGCCAGAGUAUGAGCAUCAGAGCAGUGGGACCUACACCAUGUCAGCUCUGGAUGAUGUGCCCUUUGUGAUCUCUCAGAAGUUUUUUGACAAACCCAAAGAGAUGCAGCAAGUCAAUUUAAUGGGCAUUACGAUCAAAUCCCUGGCAGAGAUCGAGGAGGAAUUUCACUACAACUUCAGCACAGAGCGAAGCAUUGCUGUGUAACUUUACUCCCAGCCCUCUCAAGCUGACAGAGCCACAUGGACUGGAAAAGUACCAAUGGACAAAAGGGAUCAUUUAUAAACAAUGUACUAUUGAAGAAGAUACGGGAUAUAUCGUAAAAAACGUAUACAUUGUGAUUUUAGACAGAAAAUUAUUUUUUAUUUUAAUGGAUUCUA